AUGCCAAAAACAGCUCUGGCACGUCAAAAAGCUUCGCAACCAAUUGGUUUUCGUGCUCAAUCGAUAAUAAUCGAUGGUCGUGGCCAUUUAAUUGGUCGUUUAGCAGCAAUAGUAGCUAAAACAAUCUUACAAGGUCAUAAUAUUGUUGUUGUACGAUGUGAAGGUCUUAAUAUAAGUGGAUCAUUUUAUCGAAAUAAACUUAAAUAUUUGGAAUUUCUUCGUAAACGAUGUAAUAUUAAUCCAUCACGUGGUCCAUUUCAUUUUCGUGCACCAUCUAAAAUUUUUACACGUAUUGUACGUGGUAUGGUACCACAUAAAAGUGAACGUGGAAAACAAGCGUUAGUACGUCUACGUGCAUAUGAAGGUAUUCCAACACCUUAUGAUAAAAAGAAACGUUUAGUUGUUCCAAGUGCUUUACGUACAUUGCGUUUAAAACCACGCCGUCGUUUUACUGAACUUGGCCGUUUAUCAACUGAAGUUGGUUGGCAAUAUCAAACUGUUGUUGCAACAUUAGAAAAAAGAAGAAAAAUCAAAGCUAAACAUUAUCAUUUACGACAAAGUCAAUUAAAAAAACUCAAAAAAAAUGCUAAAGAAAAAUUAGCAACAAAACCACAAGUUGCUAAACAUCUUGCUGUACUUCAAAAAUAUGGUUAUCAACUUUAG